UCACCAUUGCAUAGAAGCUGUCACUAAUUUUACAUGGAUAAUACAAAAGAGGCAAAUGCUGGCCUAUUCCUCCUUGUUUCCUCCAUUCCAAUAAGUAUGGAAUGAAGGAAACCACAAGGAAAGGUAUAGUAUUACUAUGGAAUGAAGGAAACCACAAGGAAAGGUACAGCCUUAUCGCAGUCAACCAUGCAGGGUGUAAAGGAACCUGAGAAUGUUAACAAUAGCCAGCUAGCAAAUUACCCUUGCUGCGUCAAAAAAGCUGAGUGAGGUGUGUUGAAAAGUUUGUGACUCCGUUUUAACAUUCUACAGAGCUUCGACAAUAUUGCAUUUGGCAGGGGUCAGGCAUGAAUAAAUCGCCACUUCCCCCUCGUAAAACCCCUCGCUGCGCAUGCGCGCCGAGGGUUAUAAAGGGGAUUGUGACGCACUGCUGUGCCAAUAACUGUCGAAUUCUGUAAGAAUACCAUGCUUUGGAGAGUAGCUGUGAGAUAUUCCAGUGACAGGCACAUAUUGCAACUACCCAAUGGACGGGAUACGAGCGUCGGGGAACUCAAAGAACUGUUUCAAAAAGAAGACCCGUCGCUUCCGCAUGAUCUUCGAAUUGUAUUUGACGGCCCAAGGGGACGUAUCGUCUUGAGUGAUGAUAAGAAAAAGCUCUCUGAGUACCGUGAAAUACAGGAUGGCACAGUUUUUCGUUUGGACCUGACCGUGGUCUAUGUUCAAGCAGUCAAUGGCCAGAAGUAUAAAAUUCCUAUCGGCACAGACAAGUUCUAUAACUAUCCUGUGUCAGCUCUGCUAAAGGAUGUGGAGAGAGUUACUAGAUUCAGCCUUACUAAUCACAAGCUUUUCCUUCGCCAUAAACCGUUGCUGCCAACAUCACUAGAAGGCAAGGCUCUCACGCUCACAGACUACACGAUCAGGAAGGAAGACACACUAUUAAUCCAGAAGGAAUCUAGCGACCUAAACAUCACAAAUUCCCAGGUGGACCUAUGCUUUAUGGUAGAUUGCACUGGCUCAAUGGCCAGUCACAUUGAGGCUGUCAAGAAUAGUGUGAAGAACUUGAGGGAAGAUCUGGUGAAGCAACACCGAGGAUGUGACCUCCAAUUUGCUUUUGUCAGAUACACCGACUACGAUGUCACCUGCAACAGAACCACUCAUCUUGAUUUUACCAAUGAUGAGUCCCAAUUCAACUCCUUUGUUGGUGGCAUAAGUGCCCAAGGUGGAGGUGAUGGACCAGAAGAUGUUAUGGGAGGACUGCAAGUUGCCCUAAACAAACUCACCUGGAGGUCUAAGAGUUCCCGGGUCCUCGUACACAUUGCUGACUGUCCCUGUCAUGGUAGAAUGUACCAUGACAAUAUGGGAGACAACUACCCUGAUGGUGACAGGGAUGGAAUCACCCACCCAACAGAUGAUGACCAAGGUCAAGAAUCUAGAUAUCGACUACUGGUUUGGCUACAUCGACCGAGAGAAAACCGACAAAAUGAUAUCCAUCUUCAGUAAUACCUUCAAGAAAUCAGCAACCAGCACCACAUGAUCAGGCAGUUUGAUGCCAUGAACCCAUCUGACGUUGAAGCCGCCGUGUGUCGCUCAGUUUCUGCGAGCAUCAUUGGUACUGCAUUUGCUAUGAGAGCCCCCUUGAGAACGUACAAGCUCGAUCCUAUCAUUCCCAACUGGAGAUUAAUUUCCCAAACCGAAGGGGAAAAGUCACCAGCAAUCGGCAUAAAGUCUCUUCCUGAUCUCCAAGCUGGACUAACCCUCACACCACCAUCUAUUCCAAUCACCUUCAAAUGUGCUCCGAAUCCUUUUGCCGAGGGCAGUGAGUGUAUCGUCUACCACGGCUAUGACCUAACCAGCAAGAGAGCAAUUGCUUUGAAAAGAUACAAACGAGUUGGAGCACAGUUUAACAGCCCCGCUUGUUACAUGUAUAAGAUUAAAGUACGUGCUAUUUGCACCACAUAUGCCACGCUCUUCAAUGACAAGACGAAGCCACCAGGGUCAGCCAGGCUGGAAGUAACCCCGGUGGAUGUGGUGUCCUGUCCUGGUCAAGACCACUAUCUCUUGGAGACCUUCCUGGACGGAAAGGUGGAGAAGUACAGCAACAACGCUGGCGUAGUGUGCAGCGAAUCUCCUCAUUCUGAGCUUCUGCAGUCUUUCAGCCACUUUACUUGGGUGGUGUCGAGGAAGUCCCUUGUAAUAUGCGACCUCCAGGGGAUAGAGUCAGGGUCAUAUUGUGUGACCCUAAUCGAUCCAGCAAUUAAUUCCCUCUCGGCUGGUUUCUAUGGACAAACAGAUCUCGGUCGAAAAGGAAUUGAGAGAUUUUUUGAGACCCACCAGUGUGGAACAGUUUGCAGAGCAAUGGGACUCAGUGGCCAGCUACUUUGAUCUGGUUUAUCAGACUCGUAAAUAAUAACCUUUUUCUACAUAAAUCUAUUUAGCUGAAUAAAUAAGGUGUAUUUUUGUUAGUCUUUCUCAAAAAUGUUG